UGAUCUCACGCCAGUAUAUAUUUGACCUCCAUCGUGUGUAGUUGUGUCACAAUGAAAUUAUUUAUCUGUGUAUUGUUUUGUUUAUUUGCGAAUUCGCAUUGUUGGGGACGCGGUGAUUUGGAAAAGUAUGGACCCUUCCAGAUGGCGCUGCAUUCGAAUUUGAUUAAAUGUGACCACGACAGAACUCUCAAUCUUGACGUCAGCGAAAUCGAUGUCUACUUCUACGACUUCCCUCGGAAUGACGUUGAAACAUUUCACAUUAACGAUGCGGCGAAGGGCAUCCUAGCUCUCAAAGAGCUGGACAAGGCGAGGAAAUUCAUCAUCUUCGUGGCCGGGUACAAAUCCAACAUCAACAAGAAGACAGAAGAAAGAAUAAGAGACACAUUUAGAAACUAUCCAAACAGCUAUCUCAUAAUCCUGGACCAUUCUCCAUACACAAAUAAUAGACAGGGCAACGUAAAGAGCUACGAACGUUCCGUCAGAUAUAUCCAUUACAUCGGUAAAGCUCUAGGUAACAUGCUUUCCGAAUUAGCAAACGGGGGAAUAUCGCCGAAAAACAUGCACUGUAUCGGUCACAGUUUGGGUUCACAAAUCUUAGCGCAUACCGGUGAAACAUUCUAUGACAACACGGGUAGCAAAAUAGCAAGAAUCACUGCGUUGGACCCAGCUGGUCCUUGUUUCUCCAAUAGCUUAAUUCAAGAACAGAUAAGGGCUGGAGUGGCUGAUUACGUCGAAGUAUACCACUGCAACGCUGGUGGUUUGGGUACUACAAGCGUUUUGGGUGAUAUUGAUUUCUUUAUAAAUAAGAAAGGUGCCGCGCAACCCAAAUGUGGUACUCCCCUAAUUCCUGGUAUAUUCGAUUCAUCGAAAGCAGCCAAAUGCAAUCAUAGAGCGUGUAUCGAUAUAUGGACAUCGACGGUGAGUAAUCCAAAUUGGUUCCUCGCGUGGAAAUGUGAUUCGUAUAAACUGUUUAAGAACGGUGCGUGUGCCGCCAACGAGGUUACUAUUGCUGGAUUCUGGAACCCUGGUAAUGCGACUGGCGUAUUUUACUUCUCGACUGACGGUUAUAAUGUAGAAUAAAUUGUUAAUUUUUUAUUUAUAUGUCAUUUUCUAUUUUUUUUAAAUGCGCACGUCUUCAAUAGAAUAAAGCUUGGACAAAUAAAACACAACGUUGAUUAUAA